ACAGCGACAAUAAACACGAACGCAAUUUUGAAACUUUCUCGUGAUUGUCAUCGAUUCAAGUAAAAAAAUCAAUUAUAUUCGCAGUUUCGUUACAUGUGUUCUUCGGACACGCACUGAUGGUUUCCCUCGAGAAAAUCGUUCCAGAUUGGUCAUAUAUGGUAUAUGCCCUAAUAACCGUGAAAUCUGUCUACCGAAGAAUAUCGAUUUUUCAUCAACAUUAAAUUACCAGAAAAGUCUUGGUUUUGUGUAAUGCGUCUCACGAAAGUUGACAUAAUGAAUGCCGAUAUUGGAAUAGGCAGGGUUACAAACGAAAAUUGAAUUGAAAGUUUUGCUUCUUGUAAUCGGCAUCAUGAACCCCGAAAAAGUGAAUUGCAUUCAAAGCUAGUCAUCAACAGCUGAUAAAUGGUACAAAAAAUAAACUCAUCUAUCCAGUAAAAAGAAAGUGAAAUAUCAGGCUAUAUGGACAAAUGGUUUGGACAAAAACGGUUAUGGUUAUUUGGUAACCAUUUGCCAUUACUCCCAAGAAGGUAAAGCUCCUACGCUUGGAGAGUAAUUUAUUCGCAUUGUAAUCUUAAGAGUACUAAAAUGGGAUGGACCUCUGGGGACUCGAGCGCAGGAAGUGCUCUGAAAGCCGAAAGACGACCAUGAAGGGAGGUCACUGCGGAUUAUGAUCCGCGGACGAAACCGCGUGAUGUUAAAUCUAGAGGAGAUGUAUAGCACUUUAACGCGAGGAAGUAGUAAAAUGGAUAGAUACGAGAAGCUCAGUCGUUUAGGCGAGGGGUCGUAUGGUAUAGUGUACAAAUGCCGUGAUCGUGAAACCGGCUCACUUGUCGCAGUGAAGCGAUUCGUGGAAUCAGAGGAUGACCCUGCUAUUCGGAAAAUUGCUUCACGAGAAAUUCGCCUUUUAAGGAACCUUAGACAUCCGAACCUUGUCUGCUUGCUUGAGGUGUUCAGAAGAAAACGAAGACUGCAUUUAGUGUUUGAGUUUUGUGAACAUACAGUGCUGCACGAACUCGAGCGACAUCCAGAGGGAUGUCCGGAUAACCUAACCAAACAAAUCACAUUUCAAACUAUUCAAGGCGUCGCGUACUGUCAUAAACAAGGAUGUUUACAUCGUGACAUUAAGCCAGAAAACAUCCUACUAACCGCCCAAGGACAAGUAAAACUGUGUGAUUUUGGAUUUGCUCGCAUGCUAAGUCCUGGAGAGAACUACACUGAUUAUGUUGCAACACGCUGGUAUAGGGCACCAGAAUUACUUGUUGGCGAUACUCAGUAUGGAACACCGGUCGAUGUAUGGGCUAUAGGAUGCGUGUUUGCUGAGUUGGUGCGUGGAGAUGCUCUCUGGCCAGGCAGAAGCGAUGUUGAUCAACUAUAUCUAAUUCGACGUACCCUUGGUGACUUGCUACCUCGACAUUUAGCAAUAUUCAAUCAAAACGAAUUUUUCAAGGGCAUCACAUUACCAGUUCCUCCAACACUGGAGCCGCUAGAAACCAAAAUGCCAUCGCGCACUCUAUCGAAUCCGAUGAUGAUGGAUUUCCUCAAGAAAUGCCUCGACAAAGAUCCAGCUAAACGCUGGUCAUGCGAACGGCUAGCGCUUCAUACUUACUUCGAGGAUUAUAUAACAAAGCAGAAGGAAAUCGAGCAAACCAUCACGCUGGAAAAUCAAAAGCAAAAUAUGCGCGAGUCAAAAUCUAAAAUAUCUAAUACAUCGUUACCACAAUUACCGGCCACACAAGAAUCUCGAGUACCACAGAAAAAUUUCUAUCUACGUUCCGAUCAUCAUCUACCCACCAUAUAGAUGAUCCCACACAUAUAGUGAUGUAAUUUGGAAUAUUUUUCUAAAUGUUAAAUACAAAACAAUAUCA